AUGUUUAAAACGAAACGACCUAUCAGAGUGCUAAGUUUAUUUGAUGGAAUUGGAACAGGGAUUCUGGUACUAAGAGAAUUAGGUAUGAAUGUAGAGGAAUAUUAUGCUAGUGAAAUUGAUAGUGAUGCUAUGAUAGUGACAUCUGUUCAUCAUGGUGAUAUUGUACAACAAAUUGGGGAUAUAACAGAAAUCACAGAAGAAAUAAUAUCUUCAAUACUACCUAUAGAUUUAUUAUUGGGAGCAUCACCUUGUAAUGAUUUAUCAUUAGCUAAUCCAGAGAGGAAAGGUUUUAAUUUUGGUGGGACUGGUAUACUAUUUUUUGAUUUUGUAAGAAUUCUAGAAAUUAUUCGGAAACUUCAAGAUAAACAGAGACAUUUAUUCUGGCUGUUUGAAAAUGUAGCAUCAAUGAAAUUAGAAUUUAAGAAAGUAAUAUCUAGAUUUUUAAAGUGCCCAGCUGCUAUGUGGAAUUCAAGUUAUUUCAGUGCUCAGAACAGAUCUCGUUAUUUCUGGGGUAAUAUACCAGGAUUAUUUAGUACUCCAUCUGUUUCAUCCUAUAGUCAUGAGAAGGUAAUGUUAGACAAUUUUCUUACCAAGAAAUGUAAACGUCAAGCCACGGUAGAUCAGUUACGUACUGUUACAACUCGUACUAAUAGUUUAAGACUAGGUAAAGAUGAUAAAGGCUUUCCUAUUAAAAUGGAUGGGCAGGAUGCAGGCAUAUGGAUACCAGAGUUAGAAAGAGUAUUUGGUUUCCCCUCUCACUACACAGAUGUUCAAAACCUGCCCUCAACCAGACGCCAGAAAUUACUAGGAAAAGCUUGGAGUGUUACAGUUUUGAAAAAUAUUCUGAAACCAUUAAAGCAGUAUUUUCAGUGUUCUGCAGAGGAAGGCAAGAGAUGA